AUGGACAAUUUCAAAUACAUUUUCCAAUUUCAGACCGACAGCCGGGAGAGAUUCUGGGCAAAAUGCGAUUCACCUGAACCCGUCCUUGGAAUAUCGGUCACAGCUUACCCAGCCUUCGAGGAUUUGGUGGAAAACAGGCAUUCAACGACAGCGAUUGUAGGAAACCUGCUUCCACCCCUCCCCCAAAUGAACCUGCCGAUCUACUGUGUCGGGCUCAAUUAUAGGAGCCACGCAAAAGAAGCCAGUGGCCAGUUAUCUAUCCCAGCACAUCCCCCGGUAUGGACCAAGCCAGCAGCAGCACUAUCUGCUCCGAAUGAGAGCAUUCCUGUCAGUCGAUUUUGCGCCUCGCAUCUUCCAGAUUGGGAGGGUGAACUAGUAUUCGUAACGUCACGCGAGUGCCGUGAUAUUACACCCGAAGAAGCCUCGUCGUACAUCCUUGGAUACACAGUUGGCAACGACCUUUCUUGUCGCUUCUUUCAGCUUCCCGAACAGUCCGGUGGCCAGUUUUUCUACGCAAAGGCAUUUGACAAAUUUGCUCCCAUCGGACCAGUUCUUGUGAGCCCGGAUACUUUCAAUGAAGGGAAAGCAACGGCUAGUUUGGUAACCCGCAUCAAUGGAGAAGUGAAGCAAAAUACCAUCAUCCAGAAGGAUAUGGUCUUUUCUCCUGAGCAGGUACUGAGCUGGAUGAGUCAAAGCACCACUAUCCCGGCACACACCGUGGUGAUGACUGGAACCCCGGCAGGAGUCGGAAUUUUUCAGAAGCCGCGUCAACUUCUGAAAGACGGCGAUGAAAUUGAAGUCGAGAUCUCUGGACUGGGUACACUGAGGAAUGAAGUCAUAUUUGAGGAUGGUCAGGAUUCGAUAAUGUAA